AUGGAUUCUGAUCCAGACUCCAACCGAGCACCUGAUUUCUCAAUUUGCAACCAUACCCAGACCCCAGCUCAAGAUAAUCUUCAAAUGAUCUCCAACCCCGCUAUCAAAGCUUAUUAUGACCAGUUAGAUCGUGACAAUCAUUCCAGCCUACAGUCUCAGCCACCUGCCAAUCCCUUGCCAUCUUCCCCCGACAUCAUCAACUUUGACUGGGGUCUACUCGACAACCCCUCACAUGUUGUUCUUGAUCUGCCACCUGAGCAGGAAGCAGUUGCCUCAAUAGCGCUGGCUGCUCUUGACCACUUCAAUGCACUCUUGGAUUCCUCAAACAAAGACCUUGAAUGGUCGGAUGCUCCCAGCAACGAUGAUUUACCGGAGGUCACUUCAACAAUGGUAUUGAAACAGCCAGUCAUGGACGCAAACGUGCUCGUACUGCAGACCAUACAGCAACCUCACGGCGGUGGUUCCCUUGGCAAGACAAGGUUGUAA